CAUAUAAUGGGCUAAGCAAAAGUGUGUGAAUCUUUCAGUGUUUUUCUAGAAAACAAAACAAAACAAUACCAACACACAUCACCAAAAAUACAGACACUUCCCCUGCCACCAACAACGUAUGCCUAGAAGGAUAGCAUUCUAACAUGCAGAGUUCUGCCAAUUCUGAUACCUCUGCAGAAAAGCUGAAUUCUUCCCACCAAAGCACAGGAGCUGUACAAAUGAGGAUCAAAAAUGCCAACAGCCACCAUGACAGACUGAGCCAAAGUAAAUCCAUGAUCCUUACCGAUAUUGGGAAGGUCACUGAACCUAUCUCUCGGCACAGGAGAAAUCAUUCCCAGCAUGUCUUGAAGGACAUCAUUACUCCUCUGGAACAAUUGAUGGUUGAAAAGGAAGGAUAUCUCCAAAAAGCUAAAAUUGCAGAUGGAGGGAAGAAACUAAGGAAAAACUGGUCCACUUCCUGGAUUGUCCUUUCUAAUCAGAAAAUAGAAUUCUACAAAGAAUCUAAGCAACAAGCUCUUUCUAAUCUGAAAACUGGACAGAAACCAGAAUGUUUGGAUUUGUGUGGAGCACAUAUUGAAUGGACCAAAGAAAAAUCAAGCAGAAAAAAUGUCUUUCAGGGCUUGUUGUGGCAUUGCCAAGAUGGGAAGAUGGAAUUUCACCCACAAGAUGUACAUAAAGCAAUCACAACAGUAUCAGGAAAUGAGUUCCUUCUUCAGUCGGAUAUCGACUUCAUCAUAUUGGAUUGGUUCCAUGCAAUCAAAAAUGCAAUUGACAGAUUGCCAAAGGAUCAAAGCUGUACAUCAAGAAAUUUGGAGUUGUUCAAAAUCCAGAGAUCCUCUAGUACAGAAUUGCUGGAUCAUUUUGACAGAGAAAUAAAAGAACAAAAACCUGAACACAGAAAAUCUUUAAUAUUCAGACUACAGCACAGUGUUUCCGAUACAAGUGACAAAAGCAGAGUCAAAAGCAGAUUAAAGAAAUUCAUUAACCGAAGACCUUCCCUGAAAACUCUUCAAGAAAAAGGACUUAUUAAAGAUCAAAUUUUUGGCUCUCAUCUGUACAAGGUGUGUGAACGUGAAAAUUCCACAGUACCUCAAUUUGUAAAGCAAUGCAUUGAGGCAGUUGAAAAAAGAGGUCUGGAUGUUGAUGGAAUAUAUCGAGUUAGUGGCAAUCUGGCAACAAUACAGAAGCUACGAUUUAUUGUCAAUCAAGAAGAGAAGCUGAAUUUGGACGACAGCCAGUGGGAGGACAUCCACGUUGUCACCGGAGCACUGAAGAUGUUUUUCCGGGAGCUGCCUGAGCCGCUCUUCCCAUACUGCUUCUUUGAACAGUUUGUGGAGGCAAUAAAAAAACAAGACAAUAACAUGAGAAUUGAAGCAAUAAAGACUCUGGUACAAAAGCUUCCUCCACCAAAUCGUGACACAAUGAAAAUCCUGUUUGGACAUUUAACUAAGAUAGUGGCCAGAGCCUCAAAGAACCUCAUGUCCACUCAAAGUUUAGGAAUUGUAUUUGGGCCCACACUUUUGCGGGCUGAAAAUGAGACUGGGAAUAUGGCAGUCCACAUGGUAUACCAAAACCAGAUAGCAGAACUCAUGCUAAGUGAGUACAAUAAGAUCUUCAGCUCUAAGGAAGACUGACAGACAAGGCACAUUAUUGAAAAUGUUCACAUCUGUCUUGAUGCCUAAUAUUUUUACAUUUCUGUAAACAUAUUUCUGAAAUAUUUUUUUUCUUUCAAGUGACAGAUGCCUCAUUUUGUGAAAACUUAAUGACGAUUUCAUGUUUAAGUUCCAAACAUUAGAAUAAAAUAAUUGACAAUAUUUGCCUAUAUGUGUUCAAAAUUAACCCUUUAAAUGCCAUGCCACCCAGCACUUCUAAGACUGCAGUAUGGAUAUCUAAAGAUUUUCAGAAAUGUUGGGAAUAUAACUUAUAUUCACAAGUUACAUGUAACCCUAAUUCUAGAUUCUGUAUGUGUAUGUUAGUUCAUGUUUGUGCACCCUCAUGGGUAUAUGUAUAAUAAUUAGAGUGUACCCAGCUAGUCAAAAAGUGAUAAGGAGGCAGGGGAGACCCAGGUCCAGACCUAAAAUAGGCAUGUUUCAUCUUUUAAGAAUUUUUUUUUUUGCUUGUGGAUAGAUUAGCUAUUCUCUGAGCUAUACAAUGAAAGUUUUGUUGUUUUUUUAAUGUUGAAGGUUGGGUUUUUUCCAAAGAAAAAUGACAGCUCAAAACGUUUUCCACUGGAUACAUUUUUAAAAAAUACUAUUUCCCAUUCCCUAAACACAUCACCCUGUAAAUUAGAAACAAAAUUAGAGCCUGACUAUUUUGUGCUUAAUAACAUACAAGAAUUGCAUGGCUGCUCAUUUUUAAUGUUAACAUCCAUUUUGAUUCUUCAUCAUACUCUACAUCUUCCUCUUCCCUGGCUCUGUCAUGAUCUGUAGAAUUUUUAUUAUGCUCCUGAGGAUGCUUUAUUGGUGAAUUACAUUAAAUUCAUCUAGAAAGAAUUUUUUAAAAAAAUAAAGCUUUUUCAUAUGCCCUUAGGAUUUCUUGGCUAGACUUGAAUCAGUUUAUGCAUUUGAUGGUUAGUUUCAGUUGUCAUGGGUAAACAAAAGGGUAACUGUCUAGAAUAUAUCAAAUAUUGUUUUAUUUUCAAAAGUAUGUUUCUAGCUAUACAUAUCCCAUACCCUGUUUUGUGAAAGUAUUCUGCUGAUAAAAAUGUAGACUUAUGUUUGACAGCUUUUUAAUCAAGUUCAAACAGAAUAAAUAAAACUAAUCCAGUGUGGUAACAA